AUGGGCUACGUGGAGGUGAUCAAGAUGCUCCUGGCAGCACGGGCCGACAAAGAUGCGGUCGACGCUAAGGAGCACUCUGCGAUCUUCUACGCGGCAGCGUUAGGUCAUGAAGAUGUUGUGAGGGAGCUGACACAGGCAGGCUGCGCCUUGGGCAAGGCCGAGCGUGACAGCAACCUUCACAGCCAGCUGGCGAAAGAGCAUGGGCAGCGCAUGGUGCAGAGCGUGUUGGACCUGGCGCGGAGAGCUGAGGCCCUGCGUGCGGCCACCCGCGAAGGUCAGGAGAAGGUCGUGCGCUGCGUGCUGGAGUUGGCCAAGGCAGUGACCACCGAGAACCUUCACGACGCCUGCGGUUCAGGACAGCUCGGAGUUGUCAAGCGCCUCGUGGAGAAUCUUGCAGACAUCAAUGUGCCGGACCAGAACGGCCGGGUGCCUAUGCGCAGUGCGAUUGAGCGUGGGCAGCUGGCCAUCGUUGACUAUCUUUGGGAAACCGGCAAUGUCUACUCGUCUGCUUCACGUCAUGCGAUCAGCCCAGACGAGGCGCGGCAGCAGGAUCUCACCUACCUGUUUCAGACCGCAGUGCUGUCCAGAAACACCAAGGUGUCGGACCGUUUUCUCGAGCUCCGUGCGGAUGUGAACUUUGUGGAUGACAGCGGCCAGACGCCUCUCCACAGUGUUGCGAGCAUGGGCACAGGGUGGGAAGACAUGGUCGAGUACUUGCUCGAAGCUCGGGCCAACAUGGAUGCAAAGGAUUCGCAGGGCCAGACCCCCCUGGUGCAGGCCUCCAAGCUCGGCAGUGAUAAGAUGGUGAUGUUUCUUGCAUCGUACAAGUCGGAUCCCCAUGCCACCAGCCGGGAAGUUGCAGCGGUGCAGAUGGCCUGUCACAGAAAGUCGCCGGACAUGUUGGAAUGCGUCCUUAGAGUGGGUGUAGACAAGGCGAAGUCAGCCGAGAAGGAGUUGCACGCUCUGCACAUUGCAUCUGCAAAUGGCCUGGAGCAAGCGGUCAGCUGCCUCCUAGAGGCCCGGACGGAACCAGACAUCCGUACAAAAGCCGGUUUGACACCCCUCUACUUCGCCGCCGCCUGGGCACGUCUGGGCGUGGCCGACUGCCUGCUCGCUGCUGCAGCAGAGAUCGACGCUGCGGCCUCGAACGGUUGGACGCCUUUGUUCGUUGCCGUUCAGCGCGAACGUGUCGAAAUUGCAAAGCUUCUGUUGAAAAGCAGGGCCGACAUGAACAGAGUGGACACGAAGCAGAGGACGCCCCUGUACUUCGCUGCUUGCAUGGGCCAGCUCAGGAUUGCCCGGGUGAUGCUGCGAGAUCGCGUGUUGGUGAAUUCGAGAGAUCGCCGUGGGUGGACGCCGCUGCACGCCGCAAUAGCUCAUGGACAGACUGACAUGGUCCGGAGUCUAAUCGACUGGGGCGCCGACAUCACAAUCACUUGCACAUGCGGCUCCACCUGUGCGGCUUUCUCGGCGCUCUACAACCAAGCUGUGGCUAUGGAAUUGCUGCUGGACAAGCGCGCGGAUUUCAACUAUGCCGAGCAGGAGCUCUACACACCCCUUCACCACGCAGCAGAGUUUGGCUUGCUUGACGGAGUGGGAAGGCUUCUCGAAAUCCGGGCCGACGUGGAGAAACGGACAAAAGAAGGCUGCACGGCCCUCUUCUUGGCCGCCCAAGAGGGCAGGCUCAAGGCUGUUCACUUGCUCGUGAUGGCCAGAGCAGACAUCAACGCGCAGAAGAUCACGAGCAGUCCUCCUCGCGUGCGCUUGGAGGCGCCGGAACUGGAAGGUGCGACCCCACUUUUCAUGGCAGCUUCUACCAACCACCUGGAUGUUGUCAAGUACUUGAUUGCGGCUGGCGCAGACAAGGACCUCCGAGGGCCUUCCACCGGUGCUGAUACUCCCCUUUGUACUGCGGCACUGCAGGGUCACGUGCAGGUUCUCAGCGCCCUUCUGCACCACCAUGCUGCCAUUGAGUCUUCCUUGGGCCCGGAAACCAAUGUGCUGCUGGCAGCCAUUGAUGCACCCACCAAAGCAUCGCUCCUCACCCUGCUCCAGGCAAAGGUAAGUCCGAACCUCAAUGCUGCGACUGCCGUCUCGCCCUUUCGGGUCGCGAUCCGGUCAAAGAACCUGGAGGCCAUGAAGUGGCUGGUGGGAGCCGGGGUCCAACAGGAACCAGCCGACCCACGUGGUUGGACACCCCUCCACACUGCUGCCCACGCAGGUUCCGUCGAGGCGAUCAGGGCAUUGCUGCACAUGUGCGUGAACAUUGAGCGCACCACGAAUCGCGGAGCGACGCCUCUGCUCAUUGCUGUCAUGGCUGGACGGAAGGAGCCAGUGGCGAUUCUCUUGCAGGCCAAGGCCAACGUCAACCACGAGAAGAGUGAGGGCUGGACGCCUUUGCUGACUGCGGCCGCCUCCGGUCGCUGCAAGAUCGCCCAUUUUUGCCUGCAGGCACGGGCAGAUGUGAAUUGUGCCAACAGCAAAGGAUACGCAGCCCUGCAUCUGGCCUCGGCUGGUGGCUACCCGCAGGUGGUGAUGAUGCUGCUCCAAAGCCGCGCAGACAAGGAUGCCGUUGGCCCCGCCGGCACUGCCCUCACCUUGGCCGCCGCUCGUGGCUUUCUCAAGGUCAUCCAGGUCUUGUUGCAGGCCGGGGCGAGCGUGGACUUGCCGCGGGAGGAUGGAAAAACGGCGCUGUACUGUGCUGCCGCGAGAAACCAAGUUCAUGCAGUCCAGCUUCUUCUGGACGCAGCCGCAGACCACGAGAAGCCUGCCGACGGCGGCUUUACGCCGCUGCGCAUCGCUGCUUCCAGGUGCUACGUGGAGACGUGCCGACUUAUGCAGCGCAACGUGCCCAAAAAGCCGCUGAAAGGCAACCGAUGA